AUGCCUGAAUGUACAUCUGUGGACGAUGUACAACAGGAGCGAGGGCCCGAUGGGGAGCUGAAGCCGUACUGCUGCCAAGUGGCCUUGCAUCGGGCUGUGUACGACCCGUACUCCAAGGCGGUGUAUUUCGUGGAAGGUCGCGCACUGAUGCGACUGGGUCCUGACAACGUGGUCUCCCCGCUGGCGGGACACCGGGAGCAGUGCGGAACCACGGACGGACCCGGGCCCGGGGCAAGGUUCCAACUGCCGCAGACAUUAGUGUGCGACGGAACCGGCAACCUCGCUGCCCGGGGCAGCGGCGUCAGUGCCGCCGCCGCAACAGUCGUCGCGGCAGCAACACUUGGAGCGGGGUUCCGUACUUGUGGCGGGGAGGAAGUGAAGAGGCUCCGAGAGAUCUUGGGUGAUGAAAAAAUUGCGGUUGGCGGUAAAAUGGCUAUCGUGCGUGCGGACUGGUACACCGGUCCCGGCAGCUUUGUGGACGUUGCGUACGACAUUAUCAACCGACGACUGUACGCCGCGACGAUCCACGCCGUGUUUCACAUCCCGGAAGAUGGCCGCGCUCCGAUUCGCAUCGCGGGAUCCGAACGGCCCCGAACCGGAACUGGAUCCGGAUUCGGCAGCCCUCAGGCCGCGGGACCGCCGGGAUUCGCCCACAGCGCCUCUAAUUCCGGAUCCAGUUCUAGCUCCAGUGGAUCCGGGCCGCUAGCCACCGCAGCUGCAGCCGCCGCCGCUACGGCGGCAGCGGCAGCGGGGGCGGCGGCAGCAGCAACCGGCGGCGGCGGCGGCGCCACCGCCGCCGGCGGCUUUUUCACUUGCAUUAGUGGUAUAGUCGCAGACUUGGACGGGGGGCUCUUGAUUGCGGAUCGACAUCAGGUGUUCAGGCUGGAGGCGGCGGGGGGGUCUUUUGAGGCCGUGAUUUGCCUGGGGAAGAGCGACACCUCCUGGGGUGGUGUAGGGGCGUACCCGGUGAUUAUGCCGGGUCAAGGCGGCUGGCUGGCGCUGUGUCAAUACCACCACAAGCGCGUGCUGCUGCUGCAGCUGGGGCUGCGGUACAGCAGAGCCCUUUUCGGCGGCGGUACCGUACAGCUGCCGUACGGGCGGUCGUACCCGUGGCAGUUGCAUCACGAGGGGGUGGCGGGGCUUGUGGGCGACCUGGCCUCCUUGCUGGCGUUCCCUGGCGGGUCUGAGGAUGUGGAGGUGGCGGUUGGUGGUCGGAGCUUCCUGUGCCAUCGCCUCAUUUUGGCGGCUCGCUGCCUCUACUUCCGGCGGCUGUUCGCGGGGGGCUUUGCGGAUAGCGGAGCGCGGCAGGUGGUCCUGCAGGAUGCCGACGCCGACGCCUUCGAGCUGCUCCUCCGUUACAUGUACACGGGGGAUAUGGGCUUCCCGCCGCACAUGCUGAGACCGGUGGCGGAGCUGGCGGAUCGGUUGCUGCUGAGCCAGGUGGUUCAUCACGUACACCGGCGGCUGCUGGCGGCUGCUCAGCCCGGUAGUGUUGUGGAUGACAUGCUGUGGGCCCACCAGCACGGGUUUGAAGAUCUGCUGGUGGUGCUUAAGGAAUGGUACUUGAGUCAUCAGGCGGAGGUGCUCGCCGCCGCGGGGGACAGCGUACGACAGCUGGUAGUGGCGGCGCCGAGCUUAAUGUACGACCUGCAUUGUGCCACUGUACGGCAGGUCGGACGCCGGCGGUAG